AUGGAGAUCGAGCUCGCUUAUGGUGAAUCUCGCGGAUACUGGAAACAUUAUUCACCCGGGAAGUGGUUCAAACAAGCGAAAGCCGUUGGCAAGAUCAACAACGUAAAAGCUACUCUGUUAUUUGAUUCUGGUGCUGAAGUGUCGAUCAUUGACACCACCUUUGCUCGUGAGGUCGGUUGCAAUAUUGACGAAAGUCAACGACAAGAAUGUAUCGGGAUUGGAGAAACUCCGUACAUGACGGUAGGACGUACCAAGAUCAAGGUGACCCUCGCGGGAUCGCUGGUAUACUAUUUCAAUGUAUGGGUAGGCGAUCUGGCAGGGCAAGAAGCGAUUCUGGGUAUGGAUUUUAUGGUGCCUGCUGGAGUGCGGCUCGAUCUAGCGGAUGGCGCGCUAUGUCUACCAGAAGAAAUCCGCAUUCAUCUCGCAGGACGUCGCCCCGCGUACGGAUCGAAGAUACAACAUAUAACGGCGAAGGACCAACACGUGGUGAUCCCGGUCGGAGAGUCAAGGGAAGUGAAGAUCGGGAUCGGAGGGGCUAAGAUGAAGUUGUGGGUCGCUAGAGGACUAGAUUGGGUCCCCACUGUGAUCUCGGGGUGGGGUAAGACGAAAUACCUGCAGAUGACCAACAUUGGCGACCGUGAGAUCAUACUGCCCACCCACACUAUAUUAGGCAUGUGGGUCGAAGGCGAUAUGGUACCGCGGACCCAAGGUUUGGUGACAGUCGGGUCGGGGAAGUACAAGGAAUGGCAAACUCUGGCAUAUGAGGCUACAACGGAUCGAGUGAACGAACUCCCGAAAGAACCGAUCGGACCAUUGGUAGAUCGUCCUACGUAUGCCGCUCCCAAACGCAUCUUGAAACGUCCGUCUGAUGCGUUACAGAACCUGUCUCCGGCGAUCUCCACGGUAACGCCGCAAGCUAACGAUGACGAUUCGCAAAAGGCAGAUGCUGUAGUUGCGAGGGAAGUAACGGUCAGGGGAGCCGAACUAUCGCGGAUGGAGAACGGUCAUGAGAUCGGUACCCAACAUGCAACGAAGGGAGACCGCGACACCGGUCAAGAAGGGCUACGUGACAUAUCGUCUCUGUUGAAAAGACAGCGGCUGUGA